UAAUCCUAAUUAAUUAUCUGCAGCUCGAUCAAAGUUGGGAAGCAGAAUUAAUACACACACUCCAUCUCCAUGGCACCCACGCCGUUGUUCCUCCUCCUGCUGCUCACCGGCGUUACGGCGGAGCCGGCGCACCCGGGCUACGCGGAGGGCGAUGGCAGCAGCUGCGACGUGGCGGCGGUAGCGGUGGCAGAGAGGCGAGAGGAGUUCGACGGCGGGCGGAUCGUGGACAUCAGCCACUACUACCGGGAGGAGAUGCCGGAGUGGGAGUCGGCGGACGGCACCGGCGGCGGGUUCCUGCGGCUGGUGCGGUCGAUGCGCAACGGCUCCGACAUCGCCAACUUCUCCGAGCUCCGCCUCACGGCGCACUCCGGCACGCACGUCGACGCGCCGGGCCACGUCUUCGACCACUACUACCACGCUGGCUUCGACGUCGACACGCUCGACCUCGCCAUCCUCAACGGACCAGCGUUGUUGGUCGAUGUUCCUAGGGAUAGCAACAUAACAGCUAACGUUAUGGAAUCCUUGCAUAUUCCCAAAGGAGUUCGGCGAGUUCUCUUUCGAACUUUAAAUACAGACAGGAAGCUUAUGUGGAAGAAAGAAUUUGAUACAAGCUAUGUUGGUUUCAUGAAAGAUGGUGCUCAAUGGUUGAUUGAUAACACAGACAUUAGACUAGUUGGCGUUGACUACUUGUCAGUCGGAGCGUUUGAUGAAUGCAUUCCUGCUCAUUUAGUUUUUCUUGAGAAAAGAGAAGUCAUCCUUGUGGAAGCCUUACAUUUAGAGCAUGUUACCCCAGGAAUAUAUACCUUGCAUUGCUUGCCACUAAGGUUACGUGGUUCUGAAGGUUCCCCGGCAAGAUGUAUUCUCAUCAAGUAACAUAUGCUUAUAAGGUUUACAUCGACAUCUUAUAUGUGUUGAAAUGUUGAAUGGUGUUGAUGGUUGUCAAGUCAGAUGCAUCCACCUAGGACAUAUGUAUAUGACAAACUAUGCAUAGUAUUUGACACAUAUAUAUGAUUGUAAAAUAAGAUCAUGUUGCCUUCUAACAGGUUAAUGUCUGUGCAUCUAUCAGCUAUAAACUUAUAUAUAUUACUAUUGUAAUUGACUACCAAUGUAACAGUUGGAUAUAUGACACCAAUGCUACCUCCGCAAACAAGGAAGGUUAAUAAAAGCCUACUAGCGCAAAA